GUGAUUUGGAAUGUACCGAGUAGAGGUUGCGUUAGGAAAGACAUAAAUAUUCCUCUUGAAAAAUAUCAUAUUCUUGUCAAUAGUGGCAAUGAGUUUUAUGGUGAACAUAUUGUUACUUUAUACGAGACAAAAUUUGGCUUAUUCCCAUAUUUUAAGAAUCUUUCUGAUCCAAAAUCAGCGGUCAAUGGCGGAAUUCCACAGAAAAUUAACUUAUAUACGCAUUUGCGACGAGUUGAAGAGGAUAUUGCGAAAGCAAUACCGGAUCGAAGAUUUAAUGGUCUUGCGAUUCUUGAUAUCGAAGAAUGGCGACCAUUGUGGUCGUCUAAUUGGGGUGCCAAGCAGCUAUAUCUACACGAAUCAAUUAAAUUUGUAUUUCAGCGAUAUCCAAAUAUAAGUCUUAAAGGCGCAGAAGAAAUCGCCAUUGGCGAGUUUAAUGAAGCAGCAGCGAGUAUAAUGAUAAAUACGAUUCGAAUGGGGAUUCGAAAAAGACCAUUUGCAAAAUGGGGAUUUUAUGGAUUUCCAUACUGCAACUACGACGCAGGAUCUAAAGGUGAAUAUGAAUGUUCACUCGCUUAUCAAAAAACCAAUGACAGAUUAAAAUUUAUAUUAAACGAAGGUACUGCGUUAUAUCCAUCGAUAUAUUUGCAUAAAAAAUCGAAGGAAAAUGAAAAUUUUCGAUAUAUUCAUGCAAUUCUUAAGGAGGCGAAACGAAUUUCGUCACAAUUCACUCCUAAAAAGCCCAUUUUUGCAUUCACUCGUGUCGAAUAUCAACCGCAUGAAAAUCCAACUUAUUAUUAUAGCAAGUUCGAUCUUUGCAUUUCGCUUAAACAAUCGAGAGAUCUAGGCUUAAAAGGCGCGAUUAUCUGGUCAACAUCGUACGGUAUGACAAAUUGGCGAUGUUUAAAUCUGUCGAAUUAUGUGACUACUCGACUUGGCCCUUAUGUUCAAGAAGUUAUUUCGCAUGCGACAAAAUGCUCUAUUAAGAAUUACUACAGCAGUGGCAAUUGUGUACUAAAUGAUGAACGAUAG